UUAAAUGAUAUUAACUUUUGGUAUCGAACAAUAGUCUCUUCUCUUGCGCUGUCUUGUCCCUCCUUAUCCCUAUCUCUCUCCCACUCCCUCUUCUCUUCCUCUGCAAUGGCUUCUUCAAUAGUAACCUCAAGCUUCAAGCCCUUAGCCAUGGCGGACUCUUCCUCUUCCACCAUCUUCUCCCACCCUUCACUCUCCACCAUCUCCCCUCGCUGCUCCUUCCUCACUAACCUCCCGCUCUCCUUCUCCCGCGUCUCCCUAUCUCUCAAAGCCAAAACCAACCUAAAGAAGUCGCCUUUCGUCUCCUUCGUUGCUCAGACUUCUGAUUGGGAGGGGGAAGAAGGUGGGGACGUGAGCGCUUCCGUCGCCGUUGAGGAGAACGAGCCAGAGGCGACGUUUUCCGAAGAGGAAGGAGAUGUGAGCGAAGGAGGUGACUUCCCGGAGCCACCGGAAGAGGCGAAGCUGUUUGUCGGAAACUUGGCUUAUGAUGUUGAUAGUCAAGCCUUGGCUAUGCUCUUUGAGCAAGCUGGUACCGUUGAAAUCGCUGAGGUUAUCUACAAUAGGGAGACAGACCAGAGUCGUGGGUUUGGAUUUGUGACAAUGAGUACGGUGGAAGAAGCUGAGACUGCUGUCGAGAAGUUCAACCGUUAUGAUUUGAACGGACGGCUUCUGACAGUAAACAAGGCAGCACCGAGAGGAUCACGUCCAGAACGCCAACCUCGGGUAUACGAACCUGCAUUCAGAGUCUAUGUUGGGAACCUACCAUGGGAUGUGGACAACGGUCGUCUAGAACAAGUUUUCAGCGAGCAUGGCAAAGUUGUGGAAGCUCGUGUGGUCUACGACCGUGAGACAGGUCGUUCACGUGGGUUCGGUUUUGUCACAAUGUCUAACGAGACUGAACUCAACGACGCUAUCGCUGCUCUUGAUGGACAGAACAUGGAAGGUAGAGCAAUCAGAGUGAAUGUAGCGGAGGAGCGUCCAAGGCGUGGAUUUUAAGGAUUGAGAUUUCUCUUGUGCCUUCUCCCUCUAUCUCUUUGCAUUUUGUUUAGACGAGAUUCUUACACUCUUUCAUGAUUUUUUUUUGUUCUGUCUGAACUCUUGCUUCUUCUAUAGCACAUCAUUGCCUUCA